AUGGCGCUCACCCAGUCGGGUCUCCUCAGGAGCUCUUUCCCCCAGCUCUCCUUCUCCCCCUCUUCCUCUUCCGUUGCCUGUCGCCUUCCCCGCCGGGGGACCUGUUGCUCCGUCGCCGCCGUGCCAUCGUCGAAGGCAGCGGCGCCGCCGCGCGGGCCCGGCGAUGGCUGCGCGUUGAAGUCUUUGAAAGCGCGGCAGAUCGUCGAUAGCAGGGGGAACCCCACGGUGGAGGUGGACCUGCAGACUGGGGACGGGAAUGUGUACCGUUCGGCCGUCCCCAGCGGAGCUUCGACGGGGAUAUACGAGGCGCUGGAGCUGAGAGACGGCGACAAGACGGUCUACGGCGGGAAAGGGGUGCUCCAGGCCGUGAGGAACGUCAACGAGCUCUUGGCACCGAAGCUCGUCGGGGUCGAUGUCAGGUGGGUCAAUCUCCAUCUCUCGUCCUUCAUCACCUCGGAACACUGUUUCAAUCCCUCUCUCAAAGCUUCAUCGCCAUGAUCUCUCCUCCCCUGCUUCCUUUGCUCAGACUCCUUACGCUAACAACAAUUUUCUUCCAAGUUUGUCUUUUCUUGCACUUUUUGCAGGACCAUUCUCGUUUCUUGAAGAAGGUUACUUUCGUUGAAUGUAAAGUUCUGAAAUUUUUCUUGGAUGAUUCUGUCUUGCUACCAGGAAUCAAGCUGAUGUUGACGCCAUCAUGCUCGAGUUCGAUGGGACACCGAACAAAUCAAAGCUGGGGGCCAACGCCAUCCUCGGGGUGUCCCUCAGUGUAUGCAGAGCUGGAGCAGGGGCCAAAGGAACCCCCUUGUAUAAGCACAUUCAGGAAAUAUCUGGAACAAAGGAGCUCGUCAUGCCGGUCCCAGCCUUCAACGUGAUCAACGGCGGAAGCCACGCCGGCAACAACUUGGCCAUGCAGGAGUUCAUGAUCUUGCCAGUUGGCGCAUCCUCAUUUGCUGAGGCCGUCCGCAUGGGAAGCGAAGGUAGUGAGUAAACCCAUGUAUUCGACUAAAUGCAGCGUCUUUUUUCUCUCCUGCUGCUGGAUCUACGUGGGUUCUCGGUGGGCCUAUGAUGGGUUGUUCCUAUUUUGUGAGAUCCCUCUUAUUAUUUCCAUACUUGGCAGUGUACCAUGUUCUGAAGGGAAUCAUCAAGGCAAAGUAUGGACAAGACGCCUGCAAUGUUGGUGAUGAAGGGGGCUUUGCCCCCAACGUACAAGACAACAGGGAGGGCCUGGUACUGCUCAUGGAUGCUAUUGAGAAGGCGGGGUAUUCUGGGAAGGUAGGGUGGAGCCUUCAAAUCUCAUCCCUUUGUCCCAAAAAGGGGGACAAAGGGUUUCUACUAUUGGGCAUUCCCCGUUGACCUUUUCUCUGCACAGAUCAAAAUUGGAAUGGACGUGGCCGCGUCAGAGUUCUACACAAAGGAUGGAAGAUAUGAUCUGAAUUUUAAGAAACAGCCAAACGAUGGUUUCCAUGUGCUCCCAGCGGAUGGCCUGUGUGAGCUGUACAAAGAAUUCGUCAGAGACUUCCCCAUUGUUUCCAUCGAGGAUCCCUUUGACCAAGAUGACUGGAGCUCAUGGUCGUCCCUACGGUCUUCAGUUGAUAUCCAGCUAGUGGGUGAUGACCUGCUGGUCACAAAUCCAAAGAGGAUAGCUGAAGCCAUCCAGAAGGAGGCUUGCAAUGCACUGUUAUUAAAGGCAAGUAUUUAAAACAUCAAAAAAAAUUUCCUCGUAUGUGAAUAAUUUUUAAAGGUGUUAAACAAGUUGGUGGGUUGAACAUUAAAUCAUUUUUUUUUCUGAUCCCUGAAAGUUAAGCAGUGCAUGGUCUCUCAGUAGGUCACCAUCGAACGAAAUAUUCACAACAUUUAUGUGGUUUAUCAUAACUAAGUUUAAAGCAUAUGAUUUGAUUAUUAUCUUUGAGUUUUAAGAUGAAAUAUAAAAAAAUAUUUGGUUGAAAGUAUUAAUGCGUUGAAAGAAAAAAAAAAACUUCCUACUUCCGGUCUUCCUGAUUAUCAGUGUCCACAAGUACAUAAUCAGAUGAUGAUUUUCUGGGCACCUGUUUGUCAUUUUCUUCAUUCAAUAUCCGGCAUGCGUAUCCAUCCUUUAGAACUUUUUUCCUCAGCUUGUUGGCUGGGAGUGAUCUCUCUUCCUUCUCAACAGCCAUCAUCCUGAAGCAAUUCAGUUAAUAGUCUCUCAAUAGGUUAACUAGCUUAUCUUACUGAUGUUCUAGACCCUAUAGUUUGAUGAAUUUGAAGAUAACUAGUGUUCUGUCUUCCUGCUUGUUAAUUUAUGUGAUUUCAGAAAAAGAUGAUGAAUUUCUCUGUCCCGUAGGUAUUACUUUCUUGCUUUAAUAACUGAGAUGGUGUUCCGUCCUUCUGAGUUCUUCUGUUCUAAUUUUGUUGUCUGUCUCACAAGAUAUUAAUAGUUUAUCUCAAUUUAGUUCUAAACCAUUUAAUUUGAUUAUCAUCAAUGAACUUGAGACAAUGACGUGCCAGUGGAAGCUUUGGCGUGUUAAUGAUUCCUCUUAUGCCCUCUUGCAGGUCAACCAGAUUGGGACAGUUACCGAGUCCAUUCAAGCAGCCCUUGACUCCAAAGCUGCUGGCUGGGGUGUUAUGGUUAGCCACCGCAGUGGUGAGACAGAGGAUAAUUUCAUUGCUGAUCUGUCUGUUGGGCUGGCUAGUGGACAGGUAGGAAACCUGUAUUUACUGUGGAUUUCUUACUAAUUUGGGAAUAUUACCGUUGCCAAGUUUUGUUUACAUUUUCUGGUUCGCAGAUCAAAACAGGAGCUCCAUGCCGCAGUGAGAGAUUGGCCAAGUAUAAUCAGGUAAUGGGCUUCUAAUUCAUCAAUAUUCAUACUACUACAAGUAAAAAAAAUCACUAAAAAAUCAAACUCCCUUCAUGCUUACCUGGGCCAACAUCAAUUUGAAUACUUGUUAGAUAAUAUCCGGAAAGAAAUUCUGGGUUCAUUUUUUCCCACUGAUUCGCCGUUUUUCUAGGCUGACAUUUCUAUUCCUUUUUCAUUUCCGUAUUUUUUGUUAAUUUUCUUGUGGGGUAAUAUAUACCACGUUGGCAAGCCCUAUUUAAUUCCAGCUGCUGACAUCAUAUAUACACACACAUAGAGUUUGGAAGAAAUACACGUUUUACUACUAGAUUCCCAUAUUUUUCUAGAUAUGUAGCAUUUUCCUCCUCAAUUUCUAGAGUACCCAAUAUCCCUAACCUUUUCCUUUAAUGCCCCAAAUACUUAUCCAGCUUCUGCGCAUUGAAGAGGAGCUGGGGGAUGUGAGAUUUGCUGGCGAGGUUUUCAGAUUUCCAUGA